CCGGGACAACUACAUCCCCAACGCUUUCCUAAGAUGGCAGAGUUUCUUUGUCCACAAUGGGUGACUAUUGGCCUUUGAGCUGCUCAAUGCCUGUCGAAAUGUAACAUUGCGCGAUUCUCGGGUGCAAUGGAUGCUGAGAUAUCUAAAAGUUCCUCGGCGAAGACAGUCAUUCGUGUCCUUCGCGGCGUCGCCAGAGGGGUAUAAAAAGGGGCGAUGAGAUGGCAUUGGUAUUGUACUUUUCAUUCAUUCGUGUUCAAGUCGAACUUCAUCUCAUCCAAUCUUGUCAAAGUCCGACAUCAUGCGUGGAAUUAGCUCCCUUGCUCUACUACCACUCGCCCUUGCGGCCCCUACUUUUCACAGAAGAGACGAACUUGUCCCGGGGAAGUAUAUUGUUGUCCUUUCUCAAGACUUUAUCGGCGCUCAGGCAGCAUUGGUCCCAGAGGUGGAGAGAAGCCAGGUCUACGAUGCAGGCUCGUUCAAGGGGUUCUCUGCUGAAUUGAGUGAUUCUCAAGUUCAAGAGCUGGAAAACAGCCCGCAGGCGAACGGCAUCGCUCACACGACGAUCGCUGAUCCUGAUGAAGCGGUGAACCAAGCCUUGUUCGUCACUCAAUCUGGUGCUCCCUCGUGGGGCCUAGGCCGUGUCAGCCAUCGACAGCUAGGUAAUGAGGAUUACACUUACUAUCGAUCGGCUGGCGAAGGGACCUGUGCGUACAUCGUCGACACGGGCGUGUACGCUGAGCACGUCGAAUUUGAGGGACGGGCAACUUUCCUUGCCAAUUUCGCUACCAAUGCCCCAGAUGCUACCACCGAUGACAACGGCCACGGCACGCAUGUGGCCGGCACCAUCGGCUCGGCCGCUUACGGGGUUGCCAAAAAGACGCAGCUGUACGGGAUCAAAGUCCUUGAUCGCGGGGGCUAUGGUUACUGGUCGGACGUGAUUGCCGGUAUCGAUUUCGCCGUGGAAGAUUCUAAGAAUCGUACCAACUGCCCGAAGGGAUAUGUCGCGAACAUGAGCCUUGGCGGAUACCGGAAUCAGGCGCUUAACGAUGCCGUGGCCGCUGCGGUGGAUGCGGGGAUAUUCUUCGCGGUGGCGGCGGGGAACGACGGUUUCAACGCCGAUGGGUUCUCGCCCGCUUCGGAGCCGAAAGCGUUCACCGUCGGCGCGACGGACUCGAUCGACAACCAGACGGCGUGGUCCAACUACGGCCAAUUGGUCGAUGCAUUUGCGCCGGGAGAUACGAUCAAUUCCACGUACAUCGGUGGAGCGGACAGCUGGAGGACCCUUUCGGGCACAUCGAUGGCCACUCCCCACGUGGCUGGCUUGGGCGCAUAUCUGCUGAGCGUCUACGGUAAGGCUUCGCCCAGUGCUCUGGGUUUUCGGAUCAAGGGCCUUUCGACCAAGGGUGCGGUGAAGAAUACGGUGCCGAACUCUGGGACACCGAAUUAUCUGGUCUUUAAUGGAGCAACCUUCUAAAGAGAACUGAACGCCAGUGAUGGGUCUGAUCAGAGUCUGCUUCUCCUAUCAGACUUGUCAGGCAGUAGGGCACUGGCUCGCUGUUUUACUCUAGUCACUCCUUUGGCAUUUUGGACAAUCUGUCGCAUUCAAAUUGCAACACCGAUUGAUAAUACAAUGAUUUCCUUAGAUAUUAUGGAUAUACUCGACAAUACAAACGAUAUUAG